AUGGAUAGUAAAGCAUUAUAUAAAUUAAUUCACGGUCUGACAAUUCUCGCCUUUUUGGCAUUCUUCGGUGGUAAUUUAUACUCUCUAAUUCAAAGGGUGAACGUAGUAACACAGUCGUUUUCGGUUGAAAAAAAGACUGCAUUGGUUCCUCCAGCAUUAACGUUUUGUAUUUCAAGACAAGUGGUUUAUAAUUUUACUUUAGAACUUUAUGGUGAAGUAAAAGCUACGGGAGACUCUCCUAAUGGUUAUAUUAGCACUUACAACAAUGAAACUGAGGAAUUAAAAGCUUUGACUGAUAUUGUUUAUAAAUGCUGGAUCAUAAAAGUACCAGUGGAUGACAUGCGAUUUAAUUAUACCCGCAUAUUUGACAAUCCUGGACAAUUUCAACCUGCUGCUCCAAUUGUCUUAAAUGUUUUCGACCCAUUAAAACAAAGUAAUAUUUUUGAUGAAGUUAACAAGUUUUUAUUACUUGAUACCGAUGUUAAUCGUGCAAUUAGUUUCUCACGAGUUGAGUCACGCAGUUUAAAUAAAACUGUCACCAGUGACGUCAAAUAUAAUAUUAUAGAAGUGUUUAGAGACAAUCUUACACUGACUACACCUAAUAAUGCGACUAGCUCUAUUAGAAUUAGACCAGAUUCGUUCAACAUAGAAAUAACAGCUGAUGUGGUAACCAUUGGUCCAUGGGAGGUCAUAGUAAAUAGUUUUACAUUAAUGAGUGUAUUAUUAGGUAAUUACUAUGCUUUAGUUGGGCGAGGUAAAUAUAAACCAUGGGGAUGGAUUAGUUCCAUACUUCGUUAUUUUCCGGUUGAACACAUGAAAGAAAAAGGUAGCGAACUUUCCAUUCAAGAAGAAGGUUUUAAGGAUGAUGGAAACAUGAAUAUCUCAGAAAAAACUAAAGAACCGAGUAUUUCUGAAAUUCUGAAGGUUUAUUUGGAUAAAUUUGAACUUGCAAAAUAUGACGAAUGA